GAGCGGCCUAUUCAUCUUAUUCUAUAGAAUCUUACGUCUAUUCGAUCUUAAUAUAUAAAUAACUAGAGAAACAUGGUCAUCGCAGCCGUGGGGCAGUUAUGCUCGACUGCGAGUAUGACUGCGAAUCUGGCCCAAUGUCAAACAUUGGUGCGCAAGGCAGUUGCAGCUGGUGCUAAAGCGCUGUUUCUUCCUGAAGCAUCAGACUACAUCGGUUCGUCCGCUGCUGAGUCCGUCUCACUUGUUCGUUCCGUGCAAGAAAGUGAGUUUGUGUUGGGCCUUCAAAAAGAGGCCCGGCAAGCGAACUUGCACAUCAAUGUGGGAAUCCACGAGCCUGCUCCGGAUGGUCGGGUAAAGAACACUCUAGUCUGGAUUGACGAGAAGGGUGUCAUUUCCCAACGAUACCAGAAGAUUCAUCUGUUUGAUGUAGAUAUCAAGGAUGGUCCAGUACUUAAAGAAAGCUCGAGCGUUGAAAAAGGCAUGGAAAUAGUGCCUCCUUUCGAAACGCCUGUUGGACGUGUCGGUUUGUCCAUCUGCUUUGACUUGCGUUUCCCCGAAAUCAGUCUGGCCCUGAAACGACAAAAUGCACAGGUCAUCACAUACCCAUCGGCAUUCACGGUUCCUACGGGGCGUGCGCAUUGGGAGACAUUGCUGCGAGCUAGGGCCAUUGAGACUCAAUCUUAUGUGAUUGCGGCAGCCCAGGCCGGUCCUCACAACGAGAAAAGACGAAGCUACGGUCAUUCGCUGAUCGUAAACCCUUGGGGAGAAAUUGUGGCACAGCUCGGAGACGAGUAUCAAGAGCCACAAAUCGCGGUUGCGGAUAUUGACUUUGACCUUUUAACCAAAGUCAGGCGAGAGAUGCCCCUUCUCAGGAGGACAGAUGUCUACCCGGAAGUUUAGGAAUUGGGUGCGCAUUUCUACUCUGAUCACGAUUGUAGAUAAAUGUUCUUUAUCAUUGAGUAUAUGAAAUCUCACGGCAUAUUCG